GCUAACCCGCGACAUUCCUAAUCGGAUUUAUUUCAUCCGUGUAGAUUCUUCUUUUCUUCGUUCUUUAGAUUCAGCUAGGUUUGGGAUUCCGAUCUCAAUGUCGAUCGAAGUCGGAGAAAUCUCCGUUCCAGACCUCCCUAUCUUCUUCUCCAUGUUCUUAAUCAUCUAUUUGAUAGCUUACUCCAUCGUCUUCCGCAAUUGGAAACCUCAAAUCCGUCCCGAAGCCUCAAGCUGUCUGAUUUCAAUCUUCCACGGAACUCCGGCGGUUUUCCUCGCCUCGGGCGCCGUCUUCUCAUCCCCGUCGCGAUCCUUCUCCUCCGCCAACACCGCCUCUCAGAACACCGUCCUCGAUUUCAGCGUCGCCUACUUCCUCACCGAUCUCCUCCACUACAUCGUCUUCUACCCUAGCGACGUCCUCUUCAUCGGCCAUCACCUAGCCACUCUGUUCGUCUUCGUCACCUGCCGAUUCCUCGUCUUCCACGGCGCCUGCGCCAUCUUAGGCCUCCUGAUCCUCGCCGAAGUCACCAGCGCGUGCCAGAACGCGUGGACGCUCGCCGGCGCAAGGAAGAACGAUCCGGAGUCUCGGUUAGCCGUAAAAGUGUACGAUCUCUUGUCUCCUCCUUUCUACGCCUUCUACAGUAUCGUUAGGGGAGUUUUGGGACCUUUGUUUUUCGGGAAGAUGGUUGCUUCUUACGCCCGAGGCGAAGCCAACGGCGUGAUUCCUAACUGGUUGUGGAUUUCUUGGGCCAUUGUUGUUGGAACUGCCAUUACUGUUAGUAUACUCUGGAUUUGGAACCUCUGGAUAGAAUUGUUUAGAGAAAGGAAGGCUAAACUAGGACAAGCCAAGAAAGUUAGAUAGUUUUCCUCAACACCAUUGUUUGCUCUUCCUUUCUUGUACUAUAUGACCACCAACUUACUUACCAUUAUUAUAUCACCUUCUUAGAGUCUUCUAAAGCUAUAUGUACGUUUUGGAAUGAUUAUAGAAUUGCUUCUGGAUUAGAAGUAUGUGCAAAUGCACUUUUAAUACAAGUUUGUUUCGUCUCUCUCUGUUAUUCAGAGGUUAUUGCUA